AUGGCUAACGAGCUCAUCGAAAAGUGCAAAAACCUUAAAAUAAAUGACGCUGAAAACCAUGUUUUUGAGAUUGGUGAACUGGAGGAUGGAAUUGACGAGGAACAAGUGUCCUUGGUACUUGUAGGGCGAUUGGCGACAGAACGCAGCUUUAAUAUCGAAGCGUUCAAAAGGACAAUGAUUCAGGUGUGGGCAGUAUCUAAGCGCCUAAUAAUACGAAUGAUUGGACCCAAUCUUUUUGUGUUCCAAUUUUUCCAUUGGAGAGAUAAGGAGAAAGUGAUGGAGGGUAGACCCUGGUGUUUUGAGAACCAACUGCUUAUCCUAAACGAAAUUACCGGCGAGGAUCAACCGGCGGAUGUUCCCCUUACACAUUCUCCGUUCUGGAUCCGGUUAAAAAACCUGCCCUUUAACUAUCGUUCGUUUGCUAUUUGUCAUGCGAUUGCGUUAAAAAUCGGAGCGGUGAUGGAAUUGGAUGAUGAUGAUUUAAAUCUGGAUAACUAUAGACGAGUGAGAGUUAUGAUGGAUGUUGCGCAGCCACUGUGCCGUUUUCAGGAUAUUCAAGGUAGGGAUGGUCGUGUUUUUCGUAUUCCCAUUGCGUAUGAGCGACUGCCUUUCUUUUAUUUUCUUUGCGGAACUAUUGGCCAUAGCGAGAAGGAAUGUGUUAAUGUGGAUGAUGAGGAACCUGAACAAUGCCUGGGAUGGGGGAAACAAUUAAGAGCUACUCCUAGGUGUGGCACUAAGAAACUAGUCGAGGAGGUGGAAGAGGUUAAAUCCUGCCGCAAGAAUCUUUUUGUGGCUAAACCUCGGAGUAAGAUGAGUCUGGAUAAAGGGGGGCUGGAUAUAAGUGGAGGAGGUGACGGGGUGCAUGGGAGGGAAGUAGUGGUGGGAAAGUCAGGAGGAGUUAAUGAUGCGGGUGGAGCUACGACCUGUGUUAGUCAAAAGGGAAAGGGUAUGUUGGAAAAUGGAGGGUCUGUAGGAGAUGUGGCGUAUCAGGAGGAUGAUAAUCUUGUUUUGAUUACUGAGUUGGGACAAGUGAAUGAAGCGAUGGCCAAAGAAGUUGGGACACAUGAAGGGGUAGGUGGGCUACCACUAAAUAAAGCUCCUGCUUUGAAGGAGGACAAGGGUGAAAUAAAUGAGGAGCAGGGGGUUAAAGUGAAGAUAAAUGAAGUAGGGGCUAGUGGCGCGCGCAUGACCAAAGCAGUAGUUAGUCCUCCUUCUGGGGCAACAGAGGGAGGAAAUACAGGAGCACGACACUGGAAGAAAUUCAAAAGAGAUAAGGGAGAUGCAAUGGAAGGAGUGGAGCAUGAUUUGGUGCUGUCUGAGCAAGUAGGGAAGAGAGGUAGGGAAUGGGGCUUGGAAGUAGAGGAGGAUAUGUGUGCAGUAAAAAAGGCUCGUAAUGGUGAUGAACUUUUUGGAUGGCGUGAGGCGAGGUCUGCCGAGUAG